GCAUAGACACAUUGUGGAGCACACAAGGAAGAGACUUGUUGUCCAGAAACCAGCGUCGGAAAAUUUAAACAGUCAGAAAACCGUUAAACCUACAAAAUAAAAUUCGGAAAUGAUUGGAGUGCGUGGAGCAUUCCAAGUUCUGGCGGCCGUUUCGGGAAUGCUGUUCAUGGCCUAUUGUGUGUACUUCGACAAGAAGCGACGUAGUGAUCCGGAGUUCAAGAGGAAGUUGCACGAACGACGAAAUCAAAAUACCUGCCAGUCCUUGGGAUCUCCGUCGUCGGCUACUUUCAGCGAAAAGGACAGCGAGAUGUACUUCAUGACCCAGAUCCACAAGGGCGAUGGCCUGAUCUCUAAUGGUGACAUUGAGGGCGGUGUGGAUCAUCUAAUCAAUGCGCUCCUCGUCUGCAGCCAGCCAGGAAAAUUGCUGCAGGUACUCCAGAACACGUUGCCUGUGGAGAUCUUCACCAUGAUGCUGGUCAAGAUGCAUGCCUAUGAGUCCGCCGAACGGAGCUCGCCUUCAAUUAUGGAAGUGGAAAGUGUCAAUGCCCUCGAAUAGGCCACUUGGCCCACUCGAUGUAUUCCAAAAUUAAGGGUCUCUGGUUUUUUCUUCUCCGAGAAAAUGGAAAGUGGAAAACUUUUUUUGUGACGCAAGUCUCGCAGUGUACAUUCUUUGGUUCACGCAUCUUGGCCAAAUACAUACAAUGUAUACUGG